UUGGGGUUGCUAAGCUGUUGGCGGGCCCAAUCUACCGCCUGGCGCCGCCCAUGGUAACGUUCCUUUAAUUCACAAGACGCAUCAACCCGUUUUAGUCAGUAUACUAAUACAGCGACACACACUUUGGCCAUGUUUUAAAUCGAGACGCGUCACUCUGGCCGCCUAAACAUGACUCAGCAGAACAGCGGAGGCGGAGGAAGCUAAACGUGACACAGCUAAUUCAGCUCGAGGACAACGUCAAGAGACUUUAAUGUCGUGUCGUGCUUCGUUUUUUUUUCUUUUUUUUUUUUGCUGUUUUCUACUUUAAUUAGAAUUAAAACGCAAACGUUAACCUGACCGUCAAUGAGUAGCUCCAUGUAACCGGAAGUACGUCACGUCAGAUUUGUGGAUACAACCUUAAAAGUCAGUUUCCGUCGCGUGCUGUGGCUUCUCUAUAGUAAUGGAUGAUGGAGCAGAUGGAGUCAUAUCAACACAAGAGCACAACAUAAUAAACCUUCUGAUGGUGGAAGCUGAAGAUUAUUGCACAGGCAGGUUCAGCAAGGAACUAAAUGCGACCUUGAACAUGCAAACGCAGAUUAAUGGGAACAGUGGAAGAGAUUCUGAGGUGGACUGGAUGGAGUCCUCUUGUCCUCCUCCAGUGCACCCGAAAUGUCCAUGUCCCACACUGGAGUACUGGGUGUGUCUAGAUCACCAUUUCACGAUGGAAAGCGGUCACGGAAAUGGAGCUGUUGGUCUGUCUGUCCCUCCAGUCUCAGACGCCCUGUUGGUACCAGCGCCUGCUAGUCCUGAGGUGUGCGGCUUCAUCGCUGGUACCGGCGGCUCUUCACACAGAGUAAGCGGUUCAGCCUUGGACCCACUCAGGUCUACCAGGAGUCCCACUUCCUCUGACCAGCAUCCCAUCAGAGCUGCAGCUCACCUUCACCUGCUGGGAGAAUCAUUGUCUCUGAUUGGGCACCAUCUUCAGGAGACAAAUAAAACUGUGUCCAUGUCCAGUAGCGUCUCUCUGCUGCUGGACUCUCUGCUGUGCGCUCUGGCUCCACUUAUGAGCCUCACAACUCAGAUUCCUGAGCUGACGAGCUGCACCGAGCACACGCUGGACUCCUCUCUGGAGAACAUAGCUUUUGUGAUGCCUGGGCUGUAAAUGAAGACGGAAGAUUUCUCCACCCAUGACCCUUUGGGGGGUUUCCCCCCAUAAAUUAUGUCUAAUGUCAUAAGUUUAUUCUAUGUGUUUACUUGGUUUAUUGAGCUAUUUGAUAAAGCAAAGGUUGAUUUACGCAAUAAGAUGAUGUUUUACUUUUAAAGGCAUUAGAUGUGUUGACUUCAGAGCUCAGACAUCACAUGCUUUAGUUCAGAAACACCAGUUAUUUAAACCAUCGGACUUCUAAGUAAACACAGUUUUUUUACUUUGUUGAUUUUUGGACAAAAUACAAGAACGGGUAUAAAUCUAAAAUAAAUCUGUGUUUAAAUCCACGAGGAGAUCGACACAAUCUGUUUAUGAC